AAGUAAGUAUGUUAUUAUUCCGUAUCCGGUACAUAUGACAAUAAAACUAUCUUGACUCGUGAUACCAGCGAGAGUUGAAUUGUAGACUCCAAGUGCAAGCAGUGGUGCAAAGUUACUUCCUCUUAAACAAGCUGAUGAAUGAAAAUUGACAGGGACAUCUUGAAUGAAAUGAAGUAGCAUUGUCACUGAGGCCAGGAUUCUUUGUACCAGCUCGAUACAACCCAGCAACCUGUGCCUUAAUGAGAUGGACAUCCUGUUCUACGCACGAUCGGUUCUGAGGCUCAAAUGGCGUCUGGCCUUCUUGACAUGCCAAAUACCCACGCUGUGGAUCCUUCUGACUUGUGAACCAGUGAACUGUACGCCAAGCGACGAAGAGCUGGUGGUCACGACUAAACAAGGAAAAGUAAAAGGCACAUCACUAAAUGUUCUCUCGGGAUCAGUCACAGCUUUCCUGGGGAUACCUUAUGCAGAGUCUCCCACUGGCGAUCUUAGAUUUAAGAAACCAGAACCUCGAAGGCCUUGGUCCGGAUUGUGGAACGCAGACAAGUAUCCCAACACGUGUUACCAGUAUGUAAACAAUGCUUCUUCUGGUUUGGCCUGGGAGGAGAUGUGGAUUCCUAACACUCAACUCAGUGAAGAUUGUCUGUAUGUCAACCUGUGGGUCCCAUCGCCAAGACCAAACAGAGCCGCUGUGAUGAUAUGGAUCUACGGAGGGGGCUUUGUAUCGGGCACCUCGUCCCUCGCAGUUUACAACGGGAAAAAUCUAGCCUACGCCGAGAAUGUCAUCGUAGUCUCCAUGAACUACAGGGUGGGUGCUUUCGGCUUUUUAGCCUUGCCCGGUAGCCGUGACGUUCGUGGGAACAUGGGAUUAUUCGAUCAACGUUUAGCACUCGAGUGGGUUCGAGACAACAUCGCAGCUUUCGGGGGUGACCCCGACAGCGUGACCCUGUUCGGGGAGAGUGCAGGAUCCGCUUCAGUACAUCUCCACAUUCUUUCUCCGGAAAGCCAUUCCCUCUUCACCAGAGCCAUAAUGCAAAGUGGUUCUGCCAACGCACCUUGGGCUGUGUUGCGAGAUGUCGAGGCGAAGCAUAGGGCUUCAGUCCUGGCUCAGCGCCUGCAGUGUGCUUUCGGUAACGAUACAGAGCUAGUGAGCUGUCUUCGUGCUAAGCGUCCCGAAGAGAUAGUGGACAAGAGUGUCGGAAUCGUAACGGGACUCCUUUUGUCCAUAUGUGUGUUUACUCCUGUUGUUGACGGAGAUUUCCUCACUGACCUGCCCGAUGAAUUAAUUCGAAUGAACAAAUCUAAGAAGGUCCAAAUCCUAGCGGGAGUGAACAAAGAUGAGGGGAGUUACUUUUUGCCGUAUGAGGUUCCAGGGUUCCAAACGGAUUCUGAAAGUCUCAUUACUCGUGAACAGUUCCUCGAAGGCAUGAAGAUGACCAUUCCGGACGCUGGUGAGAUUGGCGUGGAGGCGGUAGUCUUCCAAUACACGGACUGGACAGACGUGAACAAUGCGACCAAAAAUCGCGAUGCGUUCGUUGACUUGGUGGGCGAUUACAAUUUUAUUUGCCCCUUCGCACAUUUUGCUGACAAGAUGGCUGAAGUUGGAAAUGCGGCCUACGUCUAUUUGUUUGACCACCUCGCAUCUAAUGCAGAUUGGCCUGAGUGGAUGGGAGUUAUGCACGGCUAUGAGAUUGAAUUUGUGUUUGGAAUUCCCCUUGACCGAAAGCUUAAUUAUACUGCAGCAGAGGAAACCUUCAGCAGAAACAUCAUGCACUAUUGGGCAACAUUUGCAAAAACCGGUAACCCAAAUGAACCCAACAUGCAAGGAAUAGCAUGGCCCGAAUAUAAACAUACAGACCAACGAUUUGUAACUUUAAACACGGAAGCAAGGAGAAUUUAUAUGAAAUACCGAGCUCAGCAAUGUGCCUUGUGGAAUCUAUUUCUUCCAAAAUUACUACAACGGACAGCACACAUGGAUGAAGUGGAGCAACAAUGGAAAGAGGAAUUCCACAGAUGGAAUGCUUAUAUGUCAGACUGGAAAUCUAAAUUCAACGCUUAUAACGACAAAAAAGACCGGUGUAACAGUACAUAAGCAGUAAGAUUCACUUCUGUAAAAUAGCAUUGCGUUUUAAAUGGUUACAUGCAAUGUAACAUAUUGCAUUAAAGACUAUAUCUGCAAUAUCACAUAGAAUAAAAUUGAUUUAAAAGCU